UCGACCCAACACAGUUGUUCACCGACCUCGAAGUAGUUCAUGUGCGCCUGUGAUGUCUAAUUUAUACUCUUUUAACGGAAUGAUGGAAGACUACCCCCAACUCCCAACCACUCAAGCCGACGGACACAUCAAGCGACCCAUGAAUGCUUUCAUGGUCUGGUCCAGAAUCCAGCGCCGCAAAAUUGCUCAAGAAAACCCAAAAAUGCACAACUCGGAAAUAUCGAAGCGACUAGGCGCCGAGUGGAAGCUGUUGACAGAACCUGAAAAGCGCCCUUUUAUCGAUGAGGCGAAGAGGUUGAGGGCGCAGCACAUGAAGAAUCACCCGGACUAUAAGUACAGACCUCGGAGGAAGCCCAAGGGACCGUUGCCGACGGCCCUGAAGACUGCCGUUGGGUUCCCGAAUUUGGGACUCCAGUAUUUCUCGCCAAUGGAAGCUCUAACUUCGCCCUACCCUUACUUCAACCCGGCUUUCGACAUGCCGAGGAUGGCGGCUUCGGAGAAGGCCCAGACCCACCACCCGUCUAUGGUACCGUCGUUGCAUUCGUCGCUACAUUCUACAUUGUAUUCGUCAUUUUACCCCACAGCGACGCCGAAGCCGUUUCCGACUGCUUCCAUGGGGAUGUUUCCCACUUUACCCACGUCGUCCAUGAUGUACCCGCCCUCCCCGAGUCCGACGUCCAGUUCGGCUGGCCCAGAACUGGAUACUCGUAAAUCUAUAUGUGCGGCUUAUUAUUAAAGUAAGUUUUGUUGCGUCUUUUUGUCGAGAUUAUUUAUUGAAUUGUUGUAAAUUUGUAUAUAAUGUUAGGUGCUUAGUUCGUUUCUUUGCGGACAGACUGUACUUACGUUAUUAUAAUUUAUGUGUUCUGUGAUUGUAAAUGACGACUGAUUUUUGUAAAUAGUUAGGUAUACCUGUAGAACGUAACAUUCGGCCUUAUACUCAAUGCAAUUGUGUUCGAUAGAGGCCAUAGUACAUUCUUAAAUUUAUAACAAUAAUUUUGUGAUACAUUAUUUAUUAUGCAGCUAUCUCAAAAUAAGUUCAGGUUUACUUUUCUGUCUUCUUCGGCAACAUGUAGGAAGCAAAUUUUACUUGCUCCUAUACCUACAUAUUAUAUCGUUUUAUGCAAAAUUUUAUUAUUAUUAUUAUUAUUAUUGUUAUUUUAUUUGUUUGGUUUGUAU